AUGGACUCUUCCAUCGAGUUUGCACAUAAGUAUUUGACGAACACGGAAGUUGUUCCGGAUACCGGACAACCUCCUCAUUUGGAUAAUGGCAAGGUGCGGUUGCCCGUGGUGUUGUAUCCACCCGAUGAAGGUUUUUGGUCGGUGUGCACUUGCGUGUUAGGUUUUUUAGCCUCUAUGAUUUUAGACGGAGUGUGCUUGUCUUUAUUUUUGUAUGACAGCCGGGUCGGCAUGACCGAACAAGUUUCGCGGCCGAUGCUUGCCCUUGAACACUUGGCCAUCAUCUGCCUGUGCCGGCAUUUAAUCGGUAGGUACCAAUAUAAUACUUACAUGUGGUAACACGUUUGGGUGAAUUUAUUUUGCACUCGCUUCAGCCUUAGUUGGUAUUUUGUAAAACAUGAGUGUCAGAUAACAAUACCGUACACGAGCAGUGACCGAACCAGAGAGUAGUAUAAAUACCGAAGACAGUUAGGAAAAGAGAAAUAUUUAAUAGUGAUUGGCAACAAUAUCGAUAAUUCGAUACGAUAUCGAUAUCGUGACGAAAUUUCGAUAUCGAUAUUAUAUUCUGUAUCGGGAAUUAUUUGUAGCUAUGAUUAGUAUUAAGUAAUAAUAUCUGUCGGCCGAUAAUGUUAAAUUAUUAUUAUAUAAUUUAUAAUGUUAUCUGUCAAGUCGGUGAACGGUCACUUUGUACGGUCUAUUGUUAAAUCCAAGGAACGCGGACACUUUAUACUUUAUACAUAAUACAAAUUAGCACAUAUAAAUAGUAUAUACAGAAUAAAUAAAUAGAAUACAUAGUUUCAUAAAAAAGUUGAUAGAGUGAGUCGUGAGUGGGAAGUUUGGAGGGAGCCAACUAUUAUUGAUAGUAAUACUCUGUUACUUCUUAUCAUACAACGAUAAUAUUUUUAUUUGAAACUGAUGGUAGUUAAUUUUGAUCGGGGAAAUAUGAUUAAAGUUGAGAAAAUUAUUAUUGAUAAAAAUCCACGUAAAAUUCUACAUAUAAACGGCAAAUAUAGUUUUUACUCUGUGAACACGUUUUCUCCUACUAAACUUGCUCAAAAGUAUCAAAUGUAGCGACUUUUCUAAAACGUCAUUUUCGUGGAAAGACACUUUAAAUAAGUAAUUUUUUGAUUUUCGAAACGCAUCUCGAAUAGUGAUUUAGCCGAAAAAACGUACGAUUUCACGAUUUUACUAUGUCAAAUAAUUACGGACGACGUUUUCUACCAAAAAUAUUGCUCCAAUUGGUAAAUAAUAAGAGAUUUUUAAAGUUGCAUUUCGUAAAAUGUUAGCUAAUUUUGAGUUAUACAUUUUAAUUUUGGAAGUUUAUUUGUUGUUAUUUGGUUGAAAAAACAGUCGUAAAGAUUUGAAAUUUAGCAUGUACACUUAUUUUGGCGUUUCUUAGAGGUGGUAAAAUUUUCGAAAACAUUUAGCCACUUUUGAGAUAUUCAUAGAGUAAUAUAAAUGUAUAAUUUUUGAUAGGUACCUACUAUAUGGAUAAAGCUGUUGGAUUGGUCAUAAUUAACCCAUCCUCAGUAUCAAACAUCCCGUAAUAAAAAGUCUAAGCUUUUUAUUUAUUCUAUAUAUACUAUUUGCAUAAUGUAUAUAAUGUUUAAUAACGUAUAAUAUAUGCUAUGUAUAUGUAUUAUAAAUAUUGUGUUUAUAAUAGUACAAAGUGUCCACGUUCCGUGUUUUUUUUUACAGACCAUACAAAGUGACCUAGAACCGUAAAGUUAUGUAUUACGUAGUUUUUUAUAGUUUAAAAAUACUUUUUUUUUCGGUUUGCUUAUAUUUUUGUAUUCAAUAUGACAUUUUUCUCACUGAUAAAAUACGUUUGAUGUUUGAACAAGGCACCUAUAAAUACCAUUGGAUAAUUUGAUUCACGGUUUAAAUUAUGUCAUCGGUGUGACGUCGUGUGACAUAAUUAUAUAAAUGUUCGUUAGUUUAGAUUAUAAGAUUAAAUAAACACAUUAAAUAUUUGAAAACCCAUUUUUUAUAAAAAUAGUUUUCAUUUAAAAUUUAAAAUAUUAUAUAAUAUUUUUCAAAAUUUGUAUUUAUUUUUAUUUAAUAAUAAAAUAUUUAAAAUACCUAAUAGUAAUAUUUGAAUUAGUAUUAAUAUAUUUUUGAUACGAUAUCGAUAUCAUACAACUCAGGAUACAUUACGAUACCGCGAUACAAUAUCGCGAAAAUCGGAACGAUAUCGGUACCCUAAAUUAUAUCGUUGUCCAUCACUAAUAUUUAGUAUUACGCUUGAUAAAAUCAAUAACUUUUAGAGCUCUACCUUUGGAAAGUAAAAAUAGACCCAGAGUGGUCGGAGAAAAGAUUAGCGGGUUCUAAAUGAAAAUUAGUUUAGGUACUAUACAGAGAUCGAGAUGGGAGUUGUUCUUUUCAAGCCAUGUACAUAUUUCCAGAAGUUUUGAGAAGAGUAAAAAAAAAGGAAUUAGGGAGUGAACUUUAACCCACGGAGGAUUAUGUAUUGCCGCAUUGUGUAUUGUUUAUUAUUUUAAAGGCUGUAUUAUAAUUUUACAAUCUCCUAUGUUCAAUAACUAUCUGUUUACAGAACCGUUUACAUGUGCGUAUAUCAACCGGUACGGUUUUCGAUAUUGUUUAUUUUUCGGCAGUGUAUUAUCCGUCACGUGGAUAACGACGUUAUUGUUAUUAUCCGAAAGAAAGUUACCUGUCGAACAAUUAUAUUUUGUUUUGGCUGCCGUUGUCGGAGGUAAAUCCAGAAAUAAUUAGUUGAUAAGUUUAAAAUGACAUAAUUUAAAUACACCGAUUGUUCUUUGUUCGUAUAUUAAACGUCAUCUUAUAAUCAUAUAAUAUCAGUCCAUAUCUAUUUUAUAUAAAUUAACAACUCAAAGUAACGGACGCGUUGCUCCUUUAUUACCAUGCAAGAGCAUGAGGAGUUAUGAAUAUAGAUAAAUAACAAAAUAUUAUAAAAUAUAGAAUGUUCCACUUAUAAUGCAUCAACCAUUUUCUUGGAAAAUUUCUAAAUAAAUUUAAUUUUUUUUUCCAUCAUUAUGGAAACGUUUGAAAUGCAUAUUAAAACUAUUUUGAAUUAGUUACUCCUACUCAUUGUGCCUGAGUAUAUACUAUUGGUUUUCAAAUAGAAACCCCUUCCUUCGAUAUGAGAAUAAAUUUUUGACGAAAAUUAAUUAACCGUGUAUCAUAAUAAAAUAAUAAUAAUAUGAAAUAAUAAUUCACAAAAAGCGUAGUGUUUCGUGGUUUUUUCUAGUUUUCUGGAGACACAUUUUAUUGGUUUCUCGAAAACGUUCGAAAGCAUGUUGAAUGCUGAGUUAUUGAUAAAUAACAACAAUUCAUAUCAUUGCUAACAAUUAUCAAUUAAAUCAUUCUAUAUACAAUAUGUUAUUAUCCUAAAUUACUAACUUCCCACAUACAAGAGUAGCACACCCAUACGGAUUUAUUUUUUAUUUUUUAAUUUCAACAGUUUAGAUUAGAAUUUAAAAUACUUCGAUUAUAGGCAUCGGAAUCGGAAUGAUUAAAACCGCGUUCGUCGUUCUGAUAUCUUCGUUGUUCCUCGUCAACCGUCAAUACGGUCAUUUGUGCCUGCAACUGGGAAGUUCAGUAGGCAUGCUGAUAAUACCCCCUAUUACGGAAUUCUCAAUAAUCCGUGUCGACUGGAAAUCGUCAAUGUACCUUCAUUUAGGUCGGUAUAACCAUACAAUAUGCCAGAAUUGAAUUGUUCAACAGUUGCAUAUAAUUAUAUAAUUUGUAUUACGAUGUGAAAUUAAUUAAUUAUCAUCAAUGUACAUAUAGUUUCGAUGUGUUUUACGCUGAUAAUUUGGUUACUGGUCACCACGCCCGUUCCGUUGAUCAUCUGUGACGAAACGUCUGAACAUGCGAAUUUUCAACGUCACGUAUCUGGUGGAUUUGUUGGCACAGUCGCCAAUAAAAAGUAAAAAACAUAUUUUAGAUUCUGUUGUUUAUCUGUUAGCUGCAUUUUUACCAGAAAUCUUGCUCCUGUCAUAAAUUUCAGGGGUGGUUUUUGGUAGCAAAUUAUGUCCAGUAAGUGCAUUGAGGUAAUUUUUUGAGGUGCAAUUUUCAGAAACAGCCUAUCGUUUUUUUUAGUUAUUAAUGGCCGUUUUGAAGUUGUCUAAGUUUUUUUGUUUUGUUCUACAUUGAUAAAAAUAAAUUAUAUUAUUUUUAUCCUCAUGAAACUUGUAUCAAAUUUAAAUUUAUGUUUUAAUUUUAAAAUUAAAUUUUCAAUUACAAUCAGAAUAUUUAAUGAAAUUUCGUAUUAAUUGGCGAAUAUUUAAUUUUGAAGUUUUUUUUUAUCUAGCACAUGUUUUACAAUGAACAUUUGUAAUUAAGAUAAUAAUAAUUAAAAAAAACGACAUCUUUUUGUCGUACGCAUAAUUAAAAAUGUAAUAGCAUAUAAUAAUUAUCUAAAAUGUUGGAAUUUGUCUAGUUAGUUUUUGUUUCUUUCUUCAAUGCUUACAGUUUCUGGUAACUACCAUUUUCAGAUCACGAUUCAUGCCGAUAACGGAGCAAACGCCGUUGUGCAGUUCUCGCAGCGACAAUGAGCCUGUGGGCCUUAACGCCAUUUGGCUGUACGAAAACAAAAUAAUCGGAAGGACGUGCGUUCGGAACUUGACGAAUAUAUUUAAAGACCGAACGAUCGGUGGUCGACCGAUGUACCGACACGACAUACUGUUCGAGAGUAACAUCAUGUUGUUGGCGGCCAACUUAAAAUCGGUACACAUUAUUAUAAUAAUAUUAUGUUUUACAUUGAUAAAAUGCCUGAUAUAUGUAUAGCGACGCAAUAGAAGUUCCGUUUUACAAUAAAAUUAUCAUCACACCUUAUUAUUACAAUACAGAUAAAUAAUGUUUCUAAAUAAUUAAGGUGUCUUAAAUUAAAAAACGAAUAUAUGUAAAAAUAAAAAUGGGUUUAUAAAUCAUAUUAUUAUUAUCAUCAGAAUUCGUAGUAUAAUUAUUUUUGGAGGAUUUUUCACCGGAUAUUUAAGUUAGGUUUAGUUAAAUCGAUAAAUUAUACUCUCGACUGUAGUUUUAGGAAGAACAAAACAGGUUUAGUUAUUUUUGUAAUUUUCACAAAUAGCCGUUCGAUAAAAAUUUUAUAUUAAAAUCGAUGUUACAUAGUGUUUUAAAUAUGUGUUUAAAACAUUUUAUUUAAUUAUCCAUGUUGGGGUUGAGAAAAAUAAGCAAGUGAAAAACGAGCAUACGGAAAAAAAGCAAUUUAUUUUUUUUACUUAUUAAAAUACAUAAGGUAGGCAUAUUAUAAUAUAAAAGUAAUAUUAUUGAAUAGUACUACAUAUUAUAUAGUACUAUAUCAUAGUUAUUUAACCAUUUUUUAAUACAAUUUAAUACCAUUACAUAUUCAAUUAGAAUAUUUCAAAAACGUUUUCACAAAAAUAUUUAUCGGAGCAAGUUAUCGAAAUCUGCAGUUCAUAAUAGAAUGCAACAAAAAUGACUACUAUUGUAGUGCCAAGUACAAAGUAUAUAUAUAUCAACAUGAAAUAAAUCUAUGGCCAUAGCAUAUUGUGGAACAAAUAAAUUAUCUAAACAUGUUUGAUUCAAAAUAAGAACAACUGGAGAAAACAAAUUUUGUUUUAUACAAGUAUGGUUUAUAAUUUAUAACUAUUUAUUUUUAAAAACCAAUAUGUGCAUUAUAAAUUUAAAAGUAUAUAUUUAAUAAGUCAUAUGAAAUAAUAGUACAUUACAUCAAGUAUAAGUAUAGAAAAACAAUAAUUGUAUUAAAUUCAAAAAAAAAAAUUCCGUUAGUUAUUGUUGUAAAAACGUUUAAAAUAUUAUAAUUGAAUUUAUAAUAUAGUCAAUGAUAUUAAAAUUAUAGUGCGGAGACAUAUAAAAUUAUAUGAUACUAUUAAAUAUGUAGUACUAACAAAUAAUAUUACUUAUUUUAGAUUCCGAAUGGAGCGAAGAAGCUUAUGGUUUUACAAAGAUGUGUAUUUUUCUUUUCUGUGGACAACUUUACUACCGGAGAUCUUGCUCCGAUUUUUAAGUGUAGCGCCUUUUUUGAAAGGAAAUUGGAGUGCGGAGGUACUCUAAGGAAGUCAUUAUUUUAUUUUCCCAACAUUUUUUCUCAACAAAUGGAGAAAACUGAAAAAAACUUAAGAAAAAAGUAGGAAAAUCGGUACAUAAAACAUAUUUUGACAAUACCUAUUUAAUUAUUUUACCACAAUAUGUCAUAAUAUAUAAUGUAUAUAUAUGUAAUAUAUAAUAUAUAAUAAUGUUGACAAAACAUCACUAUUAACUAAACUCCACUUAGAGUCCGCUUUUUUUUCGUUAUCAAUGGUUGAUCGUUAAUUUUAGGUAUACAUUAAAUUACCUGUAACAGUGAGUGCACCCAAUCCUAUUAUCCUAGGACGUCGUAUUAUAAUGUGUAAAAUAAAUACUUUUUUACCACUUGCUUUUUUUUCUACUUUUUCCAUAUGCUUUUUUCACCUGCUUUUUUUUCUAAACUCCCCUAUAUUACAUUCCAGAAUUGUAGUGAAAUAACUCAUACGUUUUUAAAAAUUAAAUUUUGUAUUCUCUUCAAAAUGUUGGGAACAUCCAACGCUGAUAUUAUGAAAGCUAUAACUUCGUUGCGAAAAAAUCGGUUUGAUCUCCUCGCUUCUCUUAAGAAAUUAAUUCAGUCACAGGAUUCUCAGUUUCUCUGAAUUGUGUAAUAAUUUGUCGACCAUAUUUUCCUAAAUUAUUGAACUGAAACAAGAAAACUCGUUACUCUAUGGAGAAUUGUCUUCUCUAAAGACCAAAAUCGUUCGGCUAGAAGGCGACGCCAAAAACCCUUCAGACAACUCACCAAAUAAUUUGCCAUACCAAAUUAUUAGUGAGACAUCUGAGUGAGACCGAUACACUAAGAAUAUUAUUAUUAAUGGGUUACCUUAGUUAGACUCUAAUAUUUUGCACGAUAAAAUUUCUUUAGGCAAUAAAAACCUAUCCGUAUUAAUAAUAAUAUUAACAAUAACAAUAAUAAUAAUUGGUGAAAAAAACAAUUCCUAUUACUUCCGAAAGAAUGUGUUAUAUUUCCCUAAUUGCUAGUAUUUUCUUAAAUAAUCGUGAUAACUCUAUUUAUAACUAACUAUUAUAAUGAUAUGAUGUUAACAAAAAAUAAUGUUCAAAAAAUACAAAAAUAUGUAUUUUUGUUUACAAUGGAAAAUAUAUUUAAAACAUAUUUCGAUUGUUCUGUGUGUAGCACAAACUGAAUCCGAACCCGGUUCUGACAUCGGUACUAACCGUUGACGAUGUCAACGAUGAGAAACAUAACCGGUUCAGAUUGUGCUCAAUUGCCGUGACACGAGUGCUGAAAUCAAUGUUUAACAUGUCAAUUUGGCGCCACAAAAGAUUUCUUGCGUUCGCAGUGAGUGAAGCUCUGGUUGAAAGUUCAUAUUUAAUACCAUUUGUUUUUAUUAAAGGUAAACUAUAAUUUGAUUUGUAUUUACUUUACAUGACAUCACCGUAUUGAGGGUGAAAAAACCUAUGGGGGUCACAAAUAAAAAGCAUACAUUGUCAGCCUAAAACUAAACACAGUGAAAUGGUGCAGACAUAUUUUUGUUAUACAACUCUGAUAAUACAAAAACACGUUAAAAAUAAUAAAUAUUCCCAUGCUCUUUUUCCAUGAAUCUGGGUCUGAACUUCGCCUUGGUAGCGAAUCAUAUUAUAGUACAGCUAUGCGCAAGAAAGUCAAAUUUUCAGAAAAAAAAAGAUGUCCUAGAAUAAUGGGAACGGGUGCAGCCACUGUUGUAGAUUGUUAUAGUUGGAAAGAUAGGAUACAGAAGGGAAUUCAAUGUAUAUCUGUAAACAACGAUAAACCAUUGUUCCUGAUAAACCACUCCUCUUGUGUGGAGGCAAUAGUAAUGCAUUGUCAAUAAUAUAUAUGUAUAAUUAUGGUAGUAUAACAAAAUAGGGAUUUUUUUUUUUUAAUAAUAUUUCUUUAAUAUUGUACCGAUUUUCUCGCUUUUUCUACGUUUUUCACGGAUUUAUGGAUUUUCAUGCUGUUUCCCAAAUUUUCACAUUUGCUGGAAAAACUCUUGAGAAAAUCGAAAAAUGACAUUCUUAAAGUACUUUCCCCGUCAGAUUUCCUUUCGGAAAAAGUACUAUUAGUAUAAAUUGAAGUAAAAUCGCUAAUAGUAAAGUUUUUCACAUAAAAAAAAAAAAAUAAACAUCUUUGUAAAAUUAGUACAUUCUUCUGUAUACUCAGAAUCUAAAAGGUUUCAUUGAAAUAUAAAAACCAUGCUAUUUUUAAAUAUUUUUUUUAUCUACAUAAACUUACUACUUACAAAUGAAACGACGGAAAAUUAUUAUCUGGAAGAAGCAUUAUUUUUUCUAUACUGAAAAGUUAAGUGAAUCUCAUCGUCCAUCGGGUAUCUACUAAGACGUGGAAAUGCGAAUGGAAGACCCAGACAGUCCUUCAGCAGUGGCAUUAAUUAAUUAAUGGGUUUCAAUUUAUACCAGCACUUAUAGCAUGCGGUGUAUUAUAUGUAGUUUUAGUUACAACGACAAGGCCUAAUCUUUAGACACUGAUAAUAAUAUUAUUUUUGCAUACUAUUCUUAUAAUACAAUUCAUAUUGAUGCAUAUGUUUUCUUAUGUAAUUUGUAAAGGUAUCGUAGGGCAGAAAACGUCCGCAGAAGCAAUGAUUACUCUUAUCGCGGGUUGUUUGGGUUUGUUGGUUGGUCGAGGAGUAGGCUUUUUGUUGCACGAAACUUCGUCAACAUGCGUUCCCAUGUACCACGUGUGCUUGGUGUUAUUUGCCAACAGCUUAUCGUUGCUCUUGUGUUCUAAAACUAUUAACGUUUUCGUAAACAUAUUACCGUGUUUUGGACUUUAUGGAUUUACGCGAGGUAAGGGUUUUUUUUUAAAAAUAUUUUUACGACUAUAAAUAUGAAUUAUUAUAUUUAUGAACUUGUAUUUUUAUCUGAACGUUUUCUAGGAUAUUACGAAUCAAUGCGAAACACGGUGUUCUGUUUGGGUGUUUUUCCGUUAAAGAAAUUUAUCAACGUUCGCGGGCAAAUCGCCUUGGUUCGAGCUAUAUCAUCUUGUUUAGGAUUACUGUCUGCAAGUGAGUUCUUUUAGUUUCAAUAUUUCAACGAUUAUUAUUAUUAUUGUUUUUUAGUCAUAGUAUUAAAGUACUCGUCGCAUAUUAUAUUUUGUAGCAAAUUAUUCUGUAAACAAUUAUUAGAUCCUUGGUAGCAUUAGUUCACACAUUCUAGGUUUCUACCUUAUGACAAUUUGCGGUUGCGUAAUUGGGGUGUUAGAAGGGCAAAAUUCUACUGCACGUGCGCCAUCAGUUCUGUGAUGUUUGAACAUGUUUUGGAACAAACCUAAGACAUUAUUAUUACUAAAACGAGUAAAAAUGUCCAUAUUUAAAAACUGUAGACAUUCUCCUCAAUUUUGAUAGAAUAUACCACUUAUAUUGAUCGUAUUUUUUUUUUUUUGCAGUAACGAUCCUGGAAAAUACGUUAAACAUGGCCAACGUGUACAUGUUUGCAGCUUCGUUGGCAGCGUUCGGAGGAUUGUUUUUGGCACUUUUGAAUUAAGUGUUUAGAUUUUCGCCGCUGAUUUUAGAUUUAUUUUAUUUCAAACAGUUUUUUUAAAUUAUUUUUACUAGCCUAUCUAGUCUAAAAUUAGAUUCGCCACUAUUAUAUACCCCUAAACAGUGGCACCAAAUCCUAUGUUAAGGUCAGGCCAAGGCCUGAAUUCUUUUAAAAAUUAAGUACAGGGCUGCAACAUUUUAACCCAAAGUUUGGUUGCCAAACCAAAUGAAUAUGUUUAGACUUUUGAAAUAUAUUACUAAUAACAGCAAUUUACAAUUUACUCAUUUGAUCUAUACUGGAUAUUAAAGAAAUAAUUAUUA